UCGUUAUAAUGGAGAUCUUUGCUGGAAGUGGUUAUGUUACUGACAUUUUGUCUUGUUAUUUUAUAUAGUUUUUUAGAAAUAAAUGCAUUCACACUAAAUUAUAGAAAUGGGAACAUGCAGAACACUAAAACAUUCCAAAAUACAACUAAUAAUAUUGAUACCGAAAGUGGUAAAAGAAUGGAAGAUGAUGGAACUUUUGUAACAAUAAUUCCAAACACAAUAAAGGCGCCAAACCUAAAGUAUAAUAUUUUUGAUAAAAUGUUAUCAAAUGAAAUGUUAUCAAUAAAACACCAUUUAUUUGACAAAAAUUCAACUUACGCAUCGUCAGUGUACAUAUCGUUACAAGACAACGUACCAACUCCCACACUUGAAUUAAAACAGAAAUGGCCCAUUGAGAAGCUUCUUUUAAAAUCUAAAAUUGAAUCAAUCAAUGUAAAGUCAACAGAAGAGACUGAUUAUGAUCGAAAGGUUGUCGUGUUUCCACCAUACUCUAGUAUCACAACUACCGUUGAUAAUCAAUUUCACUCAGAAAGGGAAAAUAUAGAUUAUACAAAACAUAAAAUCAUUGAAGUGAGAAGUUUCUCUAAUAAGCCCGUUCUCCAUACAAAGGUUCCGUUAGUUUUAAGACAAAAACAAAUCUGUUCUUGUCUAAAAACCAAUCAAGAUACAACAUGCAGCAAACACUGCACCGCCUCAGAGGGCUGUUCAAGGACAAAGAAAGUUUGCACACACACUGAUGAAUAUAAGACUUGUCAAUCUGAAUGCACAAGAACCGCUUUCAAUAAUAUCAUGUCAAUCACCCUUUAUCCUUACUACCCAUCUUAUUUUCUUGGAGUAUCAACAGACCCCCCUAACAUAUACUAUCAUCCAAACGUAAUAAACGAAUUGAAACUUCCGAAACAUAAACAUCGUCACUCAAACAAGCCUUAUGACUAUCAGCUAGAGGAAAAUGAAAAAGAUGAUAAAGGAGAGAAUUAUUACUAUGAAGAUACUACAAAGGAUUACUAUUCAGAUCCAUCUGUCACUGAAUACAAAAAUAAGAAGUGUAGGAAAUGCAAAUACAAAUAUAAUCAAAAUUUAUUGCAAACGGUUGAUUUCAAUUCUGGCAACUUAGAGGUUGAGAGUAAAGACAGGUUUAUAGAAGAAGUUGUUGAAGAUUUAAAAGCCUACUACAGCGAUGCUGUUAUAAGGGAUUGUUACUGUUCGUUUUCAGCAUUUAAUUUGAAAAUUCAAUAUAAAUUUGUUAUGCUAUUUACAGGUUUAAUUCAUGUCAUUAUGUAAAUUUAUAAUUUCAUGUUUCUGUAACUUUUUCAGUAUUGUAAGAUAAUAAAAUCAUAU